UUCUAACGCCGAUAGCGUUUGCGGAAGGAGGUUUCUACGCUGCCGCACUUCCGAUUUCACGCUGGUAACGUGAGCUAUUUAAAGGAGACUUCCUCCAUCUUUCCUCUUAUGUUUUGUGUGUGUGUUUUUUUUCUAACCCGGAUAUGACGCACUAAAGAACCCGACGGAAAUAGAACUGAAAGCGUUCUAAGAUGGCGAACCGCACGGUAAAGGAUGCCCAUAGUAUUCACGGCACCAACCCGCAGUACUUGGUGGAGAAGAUCAUUCGGACUCGAAUCUACGAGUCCAAGUACUGGAAGGAGGAGUGCUUCGGGCUGACGGCUGAACUUGUAGUUGAUAAAGCCAUGGAGUUAAGGUUUGUCGGUGGCGUCUAUGGUGGCAACAUAAAGCCAACUCCCUUUCUGUGUUUGACCUUGAAGAUGCUUCAGAUUCAACCAGAGAAAGAUAUCAUUGUUGAGUUUAUAAAAAAUGAAGACUUCAAGUAUGUCCGCAUGUUGGGAGCACUUUAUAUGAGGCUGACAGGCACUGCAAUUGAUUGCUACAAAUACUUGGAGCCCCUGUACAAUGACUAUAGAAAAAUUAAGAGCCAGAACCGAAAUGGAGAGUUUGAAUUGAUGCAUGUAGAUGAGUUCAUUGAUGAACUACUACACAGCGAGAGAGUCUGUGAUAUCAUCCUGCCCCGGCUACAGAAACGCUAUGUGCUAGAGGAAGCGGAGCAGUUGGAGCCUCGGGUUAGUGCUCUUGAGGAGGACAUGGAUGAUGUGGAGUCCAGUGAAGAGGAGGAGGAAGAGGAUGAGAAGCUGGAGAGGGUACCAUCGCCUGAUCACCGCCGGAGAAGUUACCGAGACCUGGACAAGCCCCGUCGCUCUCCCACACUGCGCUACAGGAGAAGUAGGAGCAGGUCUCCUAGAAGGAGGAGUCGGUCUCCAAAAAGGAGGAGCCCUUCCCCUCGCCGAGAGAGGCAUCGGAGCAAAAGUCCAAGGCGUCACCGCAGCAGGUCCCGAGAUAGACGACACAGAUCCCGCUCCAAGUCCCCAGGUCAUCACCGUAGUCACAGACACAGGAGCCACUCAAAAUCUCCUGAAAGAUCUAAGAAGAGCCACAAGAAGAGCCGGAGAGGGAAUGAGUAAUGGACUCGGUUUAGGUUUAGUCCAAAUAGCCUCCUGCAAAUAUGAAGCCACCUCUCUUUGUGGAAGGACUGAGAUCUGCUCCCAAGGCAGCUACAAGAAUAUUUUAGGGUGUUUUUGUUUUUUUUUAACCUGAAAGUCUCUCUACUUUUUCUUUCUUGGGGGGAGGGAGGGUGUAAUAAAAGAGGUGCUUAGUUUUGUAUCUCUUUUUGAAUCCUAGUCCAUAUUUGAGGGAUAAUGCUCCCCAAGGGCUGCUUUUGAUCCCUUGUACAACAAACAUUGAGGAUUUGGGAAGUGGAGGGUAUAUAUGUCAAGGAGGAGAUAUGGUGGCCUAGUAAUCCUUUUGUUAUUAAAUUUAACAUUCCAUC